GUCCCCCCACUGCUCCCCCCUCCCCCCUCUUUUCCAAAUUUUGCAUCCUUUUCCCCCAAUUCCCUUCCUUGUUUCCUCGUUCGGAGAGAGAUCCGACGAAGGGGAAGCGGCUCCUAGGCGACGCGAAGGCCCGAUCCAAACCCUAGUGGCGCAUUUGGUUCCAUUUCGGGUAGAAACGCGGCGGAGGCGGCGCCCAUGGCGACGGAGGACGAGAAGCUCCUGAAGGAGGCGAAGAAGCUCCCCUGGGAGGAGCGGCUCCUCCACAAAAACUGGAAGGUGCGGAACGACGCCAACAUCGACCUCGCUGCCGUGUGCGACUCCAUCACCGAUCCCAAGGACCCCCGCCUCAGGGAGUUCGCGCCGUUUUUUAAGAAGACGGUGGCGGAUUCGAAUGCUCCUGUACAGGAGAAGGCGCUCGAUGCCCUAAUUGCGUUUUUACGUGCGGCCGAUGCAGAUGCGGGAAGAUAUGCUAAGGAGGUGUGUGAUGCGAUAGUUGCCAAGUGCCUCACUGGCCGACCAAAGACCGUUGAGAAAUCUCAGACUGCGUUUCUCUUAUGGGUGGAGUUAGAAGCCUCCGAAGUGUUCUUGGAAGCCAUGGAGAAGGCUAUAAAAAAUAAAGUUGCCAAGGCAGUAGUCCCAGCUAUUGAUGUCAUGUUUCAAGCUCUUAGUGAAUUUGGAGCAAAGGUUGUUCCCCCGAAGAAAGUUCUUAAAAUGCUUCCCGAACUUUUUGAUCACCCAGACCAGAAUGUUCGUGCGUCUGCUAAAGGAGUGACGCUUGAACUCUGUCGUUGGAUUGGAAAGGAACCAGUAAAAUCAAUUUUAUUUGAGAAAAUGAGAGACACUAUGAAAAAAGAGUUGGAGGCAGAGCUUGCUAAUGUGACAGGGACUGCUAAGCCAACUCGGAAAAUAAGAUCAGAGCAAGACAAGGAACCGGAGCAAGACGCAGCUCCUGAAACUGCUGGUACCGGUGCUUCUGAAGAAUCAGUUGCUGAUGCUCCCCCAGAGAUAGAUGAAUAUGAUCUGGUUGAUCCUGUAGAUAUAUUGACACCUUUGGAAAAGUCUGGCUUUUGGGAAGGAGUGAAAGCUACAAAAUGGUCUGAAAGGAGGGAUGCUGUUGCAGAGCUCACAAAGCUUGCUUCAACAAAAAAAAUUGCUGCUGGCGAUUUUACUGAAGUCUGUCGGACCCUUAAGAAGCUUGCUACAGAUAUUAAUCUAGCUGUUUCAGUAGAGGCUAUCCAAGCUAUAGGAAAUUUAGCGAGAGGUUUAAGGAAUCAUUUUGCUGCAAGUUCACGGUUUCUGUUGCCUGUACUUCUUGAAAAAUUGAAGGAGAAGAAACCAACGUUAAUUGAUGCUUUAACUCAGACUCUUCAAGCUAUUCAUAAGUCUGGCUGUUUGACACUUGCUGACGUCAUUGAAGAUGUUCGUUUGGCUGUGAGGAAUAAAGUUCCUCUUGUGCGAUCACUAACAUUAAACUGGGUAACAUUUUGUAUCGAGACAAGCAAUAAAGCAACUGUCCUCAAGUUGCACAAGGAUUAUGUUCCCAUCUGUAUGGAGUGCUUGAACGACGGUACCCCGGAAGUGCGAGAUGCUGCUUUUGCUGCUUUGGCAGCCAUAGCUAAGAUGGUUGGUAUGAAACCUUUGGAAAGGUCUAUAGAGAAACUGGACGACGUGAGGAAAAAGAAGCUUUCAGAUAUGAUAGGGAGUUCUAAUGGUGCUGCACUCUCUGGUUCAGGAUCAGCUUGUGUUUCGAAUUCUAGUGCUAGCAUUUCUGCACAUGAGGCUGAUACGUCAUCCAUGAGAAGAUCGGCAGCAAGCAUGCUUAGUGGAAAGAAGCCUAUUCAUCCAAUGUCAAAUAAUAAGAAAAGUGGAACGGCGAAACCUGCGGUUGUGAAAAAGGCUGAUGGAGGUGGACCAGUAAAGUCCUCAGCAUCAAUUGAGACUGAAGAUGUUGAGCCGGGAGAGAUGAGCCUGGAAAUAAUUGAGGAACGGUUAAGUUCUGUUAUAAAGCCUGAGACGGUUUCUCAAUUGAAGAGUGGUGUUUGGAAAGAGAGACUUGAAGCCAUUGGCUCUCUAAAGCAGGAGGUCGAAAGUCUCGCUGACCUAGAUCACUCUGCGGAGCUAUUAAUUCGUCUACUAUGUGCUGUUCCUGGAUGGGGCGAGAAAAAUGUCCAGGUCCAACAGCAAGUCAUCGAAGUCAUCACUCAUAUAGUCUCGACUGUGAAACGGUUUCCAAAACGAUGUGUUGUACUGUGCCUUUUUGGUAUUAGUGAAAGGGUUGCUGACAUCAAAACUCGUGCCCAUGCGAUGAAGUGCCUUACUGCUUUUGCCGAGGCAGUUAGUCCUGGAUUUAUAUUUGACAGACUAUACAAAAUAAUGAAGGAGCAUAAGAAUCCUAAGGUUCUGAGUGAGGGUAUACUGUGGAUGGUCUCUGCUGUAGAAGAUUUUGGAGUCUCGUAUAUAAAGAUGAAGGAUUUGAUUGAUUUUUGCAAAGAUAUCGGCUUGCAAUCGAGUAAUGCUGCAACUAGAAACUCAACCAUUAAACUUAUCGGGAUGCUGCAUAAGUUUCUUGGCCCCGACAUCAAAGGAUUCUUAACUGAUGUUAAACCCGCUCUUCUUAGUGCCCUGGAAGUGGAGUAUGAGAAGAACCCAUUUGAGGGUGCUGCUGCUGCCCCAAAGAAAACAGUGAAAGCCUUGGAUUCUGUAUCCUCUAGUUCUGCAUCCGUAUUUGAUGGUCUACCACGUGAAGAUAUUAGCUCAAAAAUAACACCUACUAUGCUGAAGAAUUUGGGAAGUCCAGAUUGGAAGGUUCGAUUGGAGUCCAUAGAGUCGGUUAAUAAAAUUGUGGAGGAAGCCCAUAAACGUAUACAACCCACGGGCACUGGGGAAUUAUUUACUGCUCUUAGAGGCCGUCUUUUUGAUAGUAACAAAAAUUUAGUAAUGGCAACCUUGUCAACUAUUGGCGGUCUUGCAUCUGCCAUGGGCCCACCUGUUGAGAAGUCAAGCAAGGGUCUUUUGGCUGAUGUACUCAAAUGUCUCGGUGACAAUAAGAAGCACAUGAGAGAGUGCACUUUGAAUACACUGGAUUUGUGGCUUGCUGCUGCCCAACUUGAUAAAAUGAUUCCAUACAUUACAGUUGCUUUAGCUGAUUCAAAGCUUGGUGCUGAAGGUCGAAAAGAUCUUUUUGAUUGGCUAUCUAAGCAUCUUUUGAAGAUGAACGACUCACCUGAUGCUAUGCAACUAGUGAAACCAGCUGUAUCUGCUCUAACGGAUAAAUCAGCAGAAGUUCGGAAAGCUGCUGAAUCUUGUGUUGGUGAAAUUCUUAGGGUUUGCGGUCAAGAUGCAGUGACCAAGAGCUUGAAAGAUUUGCGCACACCUGCAAUGGCUCCUGUACUCGAGAAGUUUAAACUAUCUGGCAUAGCCGAAGAGGCUUUUGAUUCCUCGAAGAUAUUAAGUACAGGAUUGGCAUCUAAAUCCGGCAUGAAAAAUGGGAAACCAAGCGUCAGUAGUUUGGGUGAUCGCGGAUCUAAACAUGCUAGCAAAGCUCCAUCUUUGAGAGGAGUUCCAGUGAGGGCUUCAAAGCUAGACCCUAUUGUUUCUGUUCAAGAUGUUUCUGUUCAAUUACAAGCUUUAUUUAACAUCAGGGACUCCAAUAAGGAAGAGAGGGAGAGGCUUGUUGUACGCAGAUUCAAAUUUGAGGAGCCACGUCCUGAGCAAAUCCAAGAUCUAGAAUAUGAUUUAAUGAAGCAUUUCAGAGAAGACCUUAGCAGGCGACUUCUCUGCGCUGAUUUUAAAAAACAAGUAGAUGGGCUUGAGUUAUUACAGAAGGCUCUGCCUACUUGUGCAAAAGAAGUGAUUGAACUUCUUGAUAUUCUUUUAAGAUGGUUUGUCUUGCGGUUGUGUGAAUCUAACACAACAUGCUUGCUGAAGGUGCUUGAGUUUCUUCCUGAACUUUUUGAUGUUCUAAAGGAUCAGAAUUACACUCUGACUGAGGCUGAAGCAGCAACAUUUCUUCCAUGCCUUGUAGAGAAGUCUGGUCAAAACAUUGAAAAGUUGAGGGAAAAGAUGCGAGAACUGAUGAAACAAAUUGUCAAUGUUUAUUCUGCACCGAAGCUUCUUCCUUACAUUUUGGAGGGCUUGCGCUCAAAAAAUAAUCGUACUAGAAUAGAAUGUGUUGAUUUUGUUGGCCAUCUCAUUGAUCAUCAUGGAGCUGAGAUUUGUGGGCAGUUGAAAUCUUUGCAACUUGUGGCUGGGUUGACAUCUGAACGUGAUGGUGAAAUAAGGAAGGCUGCUCUAAAUACUCUUGCUACUGCUUACAAGAAUCUUGGGGAGGAUGUUUGGAGGUGUGUUGGGAAGCUGUCGGAUGCUCAGAGAAGUAUGCUUGAUGAUAGGUUUAAGUGGAAGGCUCGGGAAAUGGAUAAGAAGCGGGAGGGAAGGCCUGGUGAUGCUAGAGCUGCUAUUAGAAGAUCAGUCAGGGAGAAUGGGUUAGAAAUGGCAGAACAGAGUGGAGAAAUUCUUUCACGUUCUGUCUCAGUUCCAAUGGCAACUAGGGAAAACGUAGGAUAUGCUGAUACUCAUUUGGAAAGGCAUAUGCUGGCCCGCCAGCUGGCCACCGCGAACGGUCCCUCAGACUGGCAUGAGGCUCUUGAUAUCAUCACAUUGGGUGUACCGGAACAGUCCGUUGAAGGCAUGAAAGUCAUCUGCCAUGAGCUAGCCCAGGCCUCAGGAGAGCCCGAAAGCAGUUUAAUCGAAGAUCUUGUUAAGGAGGCUGACAGAUUGGUUUCAUGCCUAGCAAUUAUGGUUCCCAAGACAUUUAAUUUUAGCCUCUCAGGAGCUUCUUCAAGAUCCUGCAAGUAUGUCUUAAACACGCUUAUGCAGACCUUCCAGAUCAAAAGACUCGCUCGAGCUGUUAAGGAGAGUACUCUAGACAGUCUCAUAACUGAACUACUACUAUGGCUUUUGGAUGAAAGAGUUCCUUUGAUGGAUGAUGGUAGCCAAUUGUUGAAAGCAUUGAAUGUAUUGAUGCUUAAGAUUCUGGAUAAUGCAGAACGAACAUCAUCCUUUGUUGUGCUAAUUAAUUUGUUGAGGCCUUUGGACCCUUCAAGGUGGCCUUCUCCUGCAUCUAGCGAGUCAUUUGCUACCAGAAAUCAAAAGUUUUCGGAUCUUGUAGUAAAAUGCCUGAUUAAGCUGACGAAGGUGCUGCAGAGUACAAUUUUCGAAGUUGAUCUUGAUCGCAUCCUUCAAAGCAUUCAUGUGUAUUUGCAAGAACUAGGGAUGGAAGAAAUAAGAAGAAGGGCUGGAGCUGACGACAAGCCAUUGCGAAUGGUUAAAACAGUUCUGCAUGAACUUGUCAAGCUUCGUGGGACCGCAAUUAAGGGCCACCUCUCUAUGGUCCCUAUCGACACCGAACCUCAACCUAUCAUUCUUGCAUAUAUUGACCUAAAUCUUCAGACUCUUGCGGCAGCUAGAAUGUUGACUCCGUCGGGCCCAAUGGGCCAAACACACUGGGGCGAUGCUGCUUCAAACAGCCCAACUCCCACGACACAGUCGGCAGAUGCUCAACUAAAGCAAGAACUUGCUGCAGUGUUUAAGAAAAUUGGUGACAAACAGACGUGCACCAUCGGGCUAUAUGAAUUAUAUCGGAUCACCCAGCUAUACCCAAAGGUUGACAUAUUUGCGCAGCUUCAAAAUGCAAGCGAAGCAUUUAGAACAUACAUCAGAGAUGGGUUAGCUCAGAUGGAAAAGAAUGCAGCGGCAGGAAGGACUCCUUCUAGCCUGCCGAUGUCCACCCCGCCUCCCUUAGCUACUACCACUGGUCCAUCCCCGAAAUUCGCUCCUCUCUCUCCUGUACACACAAAACAGUUUAACAAUGCAAAGACUGAGAACACUAACAUCCUAGAUGAUGCAAAUGGUGCAGCAGCAGCACCUUCCGAUUUUAGGUCUCACUUUUGUGAGGACCCGAAUGAUAGAUAUCCGCCUUCAGCUCCGGUGAUGGCGGGGACAUUGGAUGCCAUUAGAGAGCGGAUGAAAAGCAUUCAAGCUGCAGCGGCUGCAGGAUACACAGAAGGUGGACCCCGCCCUUUGGCGUAUAGUAAUGGUAUCGCUCUUCAUGGACCAGAUCAUACAGAUGGUGAACCUGUUCCACACACUAAUGUACCUCCAAUGGAUGAGAGGGCUUUAUCUGGUCUACAAGCCCGGAUGGAGAGGCUCAAAAGCGGCGGUCUCGAACCACUUUAGUUGAUAAAUUGGUAAAGAUUUUAUUUUAUUUUUCCUUCUCGGGAGUCUUAUGGUUGUAAAUGGGAAAAAGAAAGAAAAAAGGAGGCGUGGUUUACGCCCUGCAAAAUAUGUAGGUGUUGAGGUGAAGCGAGUACGAUGAUUGCAUUAAUAUUGUUAAACCCUGCGCUAGUACCGAUUCGAGCACACUUUUCUUGUAGCUCAGUAAGGGAAAUUCCAUAUGCUUAUUUGUAUUGUCCAAAACCAUUCGGUUAUAACGAAUCUGACUGGUCCUUAACAGAUGUUUGUCUUUAUAUUUAAUUAUCUUGUAAAUUGGUGCGCAAUUGAGCUUUUAAUCAUGUUUGGGAGUUUUUCAAGUUCAUAUGCAAUAAAAAGAUGAAUUUUACC